AUGAUCAGGGGAUUCUUAAGGAGAGCGCAGCUAUUCAAGGGUGUGAAUUCUACACUUAUUGCUCUAAUCCCAAAGAAAUAUGUGAUUGCUACAUUGGGGGAUAUUAGACCUAUUAGCCUUUUUACGAAACUUUACAAAAUUGUAGCUAAGGUCUUGGCUGAGAGACUUAAGGAGAUCUUAUUUGUAGUCAUUUCUGGCCCCCAAUUGCCUUCUAUUAAGGACAAUUUGAUCUCUAACAGUGGCUUGGUAGCACAAGAAUGCAUCCACUCUAAGAUACUUGAGCGCACUCUUGGAGUGGAGAUCCUAUUUCAGUUACCUAAUGAAGGCCCUGGUGUUUCCUAUCUACAAUAUGCAGAUGAAACCAUGUUGUUUUGUGGAGCACAGAGGCCUCAAGUAUCUAAUAUUGCUAUUUUUCUGAAGUGUUGUGAAGUGGCUUUUGGCUUAAAGGUUAACUUUGAAAAAACAAAUAUGGUGGGCCUUAAUUGCCUUGAUGAGGAAGUCUCCUUUUUGGCACAGGUGUUUGGUUGCAAGGUUGAUAAUUUCCCUAUUAUCUACUUGGGAAUGUCAUUAUCAGAUGGUAGGCUCUCCAUUGCAGUUUGGGACAAAAUAAUACAGCAUAUUCAAGUUAAGUUAGAUCUCUGGAAAUUUAAAUAUUUAUCUUUUGGGGGCAAGAUUAUGCUUAUUAAAGCGUGCUUGUCAAACUUGCCCAUCUACCAAAUGUCUAUUGUCCAGAUCCUUACAUUGGUGGCCAAGAAGAUUGAGACCAUGAUGAGGAACUUUCUAUAG